GUUCGAGUUCUCGGUACUUAUGUUUGCAGGCAAAAAGCAUGGGCUACCAUUCGGUACGUACAUAAGACUGGAAGUACGUGUGUGCCUGGGAGGCAGGGAGCACAUCGUCCAAGUCGAAUUCUGUUCUCCAACACAAGCAGAACCAGAACAGUCAUAUCCACUACCUACACUUAAGUACGGUGCAGAACCGCAAUCCAUAAUGACUACGAAGCCCUCAAAUGCUCCCUGGGCCGAUGAGCCAUUCCGUCUCAUUCCAACACCAUCAAACCGACCUGAACUAGAGAAUGAGAAGCACUCAUACGUUCAUGUCUCCUCAGAGAUGGCCCAUGUGCAUAAUGUUCUCAUCCGGGGGUUGAACUCUAUUGUACAGCAAGCGCCGUACGUAAAAGCCCCGAAGGAUUGCAGAGACUUGCUCUCGUACGUUGCAUCCUGGGUCAAGAUGGUAGAACACCAUCACGACACAGAAGAAUCUUUCAUCUUUCCCGAGGUCGAGAAGUUUGCUGGAACCACGGGCCUGAUGGAUGCUCCAAAACAUCAGCAUGAGCUGUUCCACGACGGCUUGGAACGGCUUCUGAAAUAUGCACAAUCCACGCAGCCGGAGAGGUACAAGUGGGAGGGACGUGGCGGGAUGAAGGAAAUUGUGGAUUCAUUCAGUAAGGAGCUCAUGGACCAUCUGUACGCCGAGGUCGAUCUCUUUCUUUCCUUGAAGGACCUUGAUAGCGCUGGGUUGCGGAAGACUUGGGAUCAGGGCGAGGCAAUUGCGGCUAGGCAGACCAAUUUUGGUCUGUUGACCACGGUCUUCCCUUGUGUUCUGGGAAAUGCCGACAAAACAUAUGAAGGCGGACACGAGUUUCCUCCCUUGCCGCGUGUGCUUCCUUACAUUGUCAAGUACGCUUUGGGCGCUGGCAAUGGCGCAUGGCGAUUCAACUCUUGUGACUUCUUUGGCCGACCUCGCCCGUUGGCCUUUGGCCCAGACCAAAAAGAAUGAGGUUUUAGCGCCAAGAAAUAUUAGGCCAGUGUUUAUAAAUAUAGCCCGGCAAUAUGAUCAUAGUGGAAACUUUUUAAGAA